CUAGAAUCUAGUAUCACAUUCGCGGAAAUAAUUGCACUGUCUUCAAAUCUUGAUGUGAACGGAAGUAUUGCUAAAUGGAAGUGUUCGCUUCCUGUGUGGGGGCAUUAGCUAAAACAAAAUUUCUAAGUGAGUGAGUGGUAUCAUAAUUGCACUUUUCGUCCAACUCUCAGAGGGAAGCUCAAAACAUUAUGAGUAACGUUUUUAGCUGUCUGUGGUCUGGAGUAUAAAGUUGUUUUCUAUUGUCUAUCAAAGGCGCAGUUUCAGAGGAGCGAGCCAGUCUUCGAUUCCUGUAGAGAGGUUUCUACCAAAGAGGCAUGGCUCGACAGUUUUCACCGAGGUUGUCUUGCAAAGAGUCUGAACGACAAACCACGUAUUUACAGCCAGGCUCGGGAACUUCCUUGCCGUAAUAUUCCGGCUGGGAUAUUCGAUGACCAGCCUGCAUUACGUGGGUCAGAGGUCACUCAGGAAGGUCCAUCUCUGUCGGGGUUGGAAAGUCCCACUCAGGCGGAAGCGGCCACGCCACAGAUACCUCACGGGGUCCUGAGAUCUGCUGUAAUUCUCGAAGAUUUCUCGCUACCGCCCCAGGAGAUCGAUGCGCAGCCGCCAUUAUUAUUUUCUUUUGAUGAGUUCUUCACUUUUCUGCUGUCGGACAAGUGGGAAGGACCCACUAGCCUGAGGAUCGUCGAUGGACAGCUCUUAGAAAGACUUCUCACAACUUUCUACACGCUGGAACGGACUGGCCAAGUCAACACUCACUGGACUCACGCCUUCUUGAGGAACCGAAGGCCAAAUCCCGCCUUUCUGGAGAACGGAAAAGCUCAGACGGUUAAGGAAGUGCAACGACAAGAGAACGGAAAACUGUUGGAGCAGCAGCCACAAGAGCGGCAAGCGACGCGAAAGAACGAAGUACAAGAACAACAACAGCAGCAGCUACAAAAGAAUCAGAAAAAACAGUCUAGUUCGCCAGAUGUAAAGGAUACAAGAACGUUGCCGCAAAAGAAAAGCAAUAAAGAAAAGGGACCGGAGUCAGUUCCAGAAUUGGAUGAAAAACAAGGGAAGGCAGAGGGUGGAAUUUUUACUGGAGAAAAUCAGCCUCCUGUAGGCCAGGAAGGGGAGGUAAUUGACGAGAAGGAAGUACCCCCCGAUCUGCCACCACCAAAGGUAAAAUAAUUGUCAAAACGCACUAAGAACGUGACGGUCAGUUUGUUAGUUAGUCUGUCAAUCAACUUCUUGUCUUGCGACGUAGAUCCUAACCAAUAACCCAAAGAAGCUAAGUGUCUAGACUUUUCUUUUUAUAUUAC